ACACGUUCUCUCUCUCUCUCUCUCUCUCCUCUACUCAUCACAUCUUUAAAUCUCCCCCUUCUUCAAACCCAUUUCCCCAAUUCUCUCAAAUUCAGCAGCUUUCUCCACUUACCCAUCUUGGGUUUUGGCCAAGUUUCGACCUUUGAAUGACCAUAUUCUCUUCAGGCCUUCUCAAGCUUGUAUUUCCUUCUGGGGUUGUGGCUGAUUCCAUCUCCUCUUCUUCUUCUUCUUUGGAACUACUACUACUCCUCUGUGAUGGAAAUGGAGCACAAGAGUUUAAUCACCGAGUUGACUCAGGGGAAGGAGCUGGCGCUUCAACUCAGAACCCAUCUCCACCCUGCUUCUUCCUCCCAAGAAGCAUGCUUUUUCUUGACUGAAAUGAUUCAGUCCUCCUUCGAGAAAGCACUUUCGUUGCUGAAUUGGACGCCGCUUCCAACAGAUCAGCCCAUCAAUGCAGGGGAACAACACGACUGCUCUGCCACUCCCAAGAAGAGGAACAACACUACUACUAAAGAUGUGUUGAAAAAGAGAAAGUUGCUGCCCAGAUGGACUGAGGAAGUUAAGGUUUGCAGUGGGACUGCUCCUGAAGGCCCUCUCAAUGAUGGUUAUAAUUGGAGGAAAUAUGGCCAAAAAGACAUCCAUGGUGCUAAUUUCCCAAGAUGCUAUUACAGAUGCACCCAUCGCCAUGUACGAGGAUGUUUGGCGACGAAGCAAGUUCAGAGAUCCGACAGUGACCCCAAUAUUUUCGAGGUAACCUACAGAGGACGACACACCUGUUCCCAAUCCUCUCAUUUCGGAUCCCUUUCGGUUUCGGCUCAGAAUGAGGCCGCCGGAGAAACCAAUCAAAAUUUGCCCAGCCCUAAUUCCCAAAUCUGGUUCGAUUUCGAACACCACGAUCUCAAGGUCAAAUCCGAGGAUUUGGACACCGUUUUCCCGCCGUUCUGCUUCCCCUCCUCGUCGGUCGGAUCGGAAGUCGCCGACGAAAACGUGUUCUACGAUCCCAUGACGGAUCCGGCGCCUCUCGUGGGCCACGGUGGGUUGUCUGCGGUGGCCGUGUCCCCGGCGGCGUCGGAGACUGAGCAUCUCGCAGCUUGGGAUUGGAGCGGCUGCGGCGGAGGAAUCCCGUCGGAGCAAUCGGACUUGACGGAGAUUAUUUCGGCCGAAACUUCGGUGAACAAUUCGCCGAUUUGGAAUGGGGAUUGGGAUUUCAAGGUUGGUUUUGACCAGAAUUUCCCCUUUGACAGUCUAGAUUUCCUGUCCUGAAAGAAACUUUUCGGAUUGGUAUUAUUUUCAGAAUUCUUUUCCCCAAUUGGAUUUUUAUGUGUUUCUUAAUGUUAGAUAGGAAAGCAAAAUUUUCUCCCAUGUAAAAAAUAACUUAGAGAAAUGUAACCAUUAAUCUAUGUACUUUUGUUCUUUUGUUUGUUAUGAUUUAAGUUUUGCAUUUUUAGGAAUGUAUUGAUUUGAGUCAUUGAAUAAAGUUUCUCGUUAAAAAUUUGAGUGAAAAUAAUAAGGUAUAAAGUAUACAAAUGAAUCAUAUAUAGUAGCUCAAUUAUUUGCCUAUUUUUAAUGCUAAAAUUUAGUUUAUAUAUUCCUUAUAAGCAUAUAUCGAUUAAGUAUUGAACAAAUUCUUGCACUUGGAACUUGAUUGAAGGUAAGGAUUCAAAAUUAGUUUCUUUGACUCCCAUUUUCAAAUGAUUUUGAGAGUCUU